GGUCUCUCUCUCAGGUAGUUAUUCAUCAACAGAGGCCAAAAAACAUUUGUGAAAAACUGAACAGAGACACGACAACACAGACUGAAAAUCUGCCAAAGAGCUGGACUCGUGUUUGUUGAUCACAGACCAUCAGCAUGCCGGUUCCUUUGUCUGGGGUAGAGCUGCUCAGAGUGUGUACAGUGCUCCAGGACUGUGCUGCAGAGCUGUCAGUGCUGGGUCACAUCAUGCCCGGCACCUACAGGGGUCGUCCAGAAGCUGAUAAGUUUGUGUCAGCCGACAUUGGACAGGUCCUUGAACAGCAGAAAGCGGCAGAGCAGAACCUGAAAGCAGCCCGUCAGUUUGAGAGAGAGUCUGGGAGACUGUCAGAUGCCACCUGUGAGCUGCACAGAUCCCAGAAGGAACUGAACCGCACACUAGAGAAGAACCCACUGUCCCCUGACAACCUGGCCAAGGUGCAGAGAGACAGGUGGGUUCCAGAUAGCUCUUGUUCGGGGCUUUAGUGCACGUUCCGACUUGGACCAGAGCUAGGUUCCAGACAAUUUAAUAAAAUAGAAGCCCACAACUCUGUGCUUCAAACAGAGAUGUAUUAUGAUUUAUUAUGCACACGAGACAACUUUUCAACUACUUAGCCAAGUUCGCACCCAGCCUCUCCAAUGCUAAUGCACCCCUGCAUCAACUGCUAAAGCAGUCCAGUGAGUUUCUCUGGGACAAGCAACACAACAUUGCUUUCCAAAUGUGAAAGACUUGAUCCCGAGAGAACCAGGACCAAUCCUUGCCUACUACGACCCCGACAAAGAGCUCAGACUCAAAGUAGACGCGUCGAAGUAUGGACUAGGUUCAGUGCUACUGCAAGAAGGAAAGCCCAUCGGCUACGCUUCCAAAUCUCUCACAGACUGUGAAAUCAAAUUGAAAAGGAGCUCUACGCCAUUCUGUUCGGAUGUAAACGUUUCCAUCAGUACGUAUAUGGACGACAAGUCAUUGUGGAAUCCGACCACAAGCCCCUUGAGUCAAUCAUGAGGAAACCACUAGCCGCAGCCCCGCCAAGGCUACAGAGAAUGAUUCUUCAACUACAAAAA